CAACUGGCAGCCAUUAUUACGUACAAUAUCAAUGACAAUCUUUAAUCUCAAACAAGACGACCCAGAUGAAAGAACAACUUUCACCAUGUCUGGACAAUUUGGUAUGACCCAAGAGAUUAGGAAACCCGGUGCAACAGACCUGUCAUCACAAGUGGAAUUUUCGUUAUUAGGGAGUAGAACGAAAGAGAAGACGAGUAAGAUGGGUCCAUACAAGGAGGGAGGUGACAAUGAUUUCGGUGACGCCAUGUUCUUUAAUCCAGCAUCUAUGUUUCCCCCUCACAGACCAGGAAAAGACCAGGAUUUAAUGACAUCGCAAUCUCAGUCCCUCUCCCAGUUCUCAGGAAGUUUUUACGGCGGACAGCAAGGAUUAGGCAUCCAGAAUGCGUUACCGAGAGGGAUGUCGAGUCAGCAGCAAGCGUUCCCUCCCCGAAGUUCGGGCAUGUCGAGUCAUUCGAGUUUAGGUCUACCUACGUCAUCGGGCAUGCCGAUGCCUUCUAUGCCUCCUCCUCCCAACCCUGCAUCACCGAACAGGGGGAUGCUAAACAUGAGUCAUAACAGGACCUCACCCAGUAUUCUAGCUAUGCAGCAGAAACAUUCAACAGCGCAGCAACAACAACAGCAACAGCAGCAGCAACAACAACAACAGCAGCAGCAACAACAGUCGAGGAUAAUCGGAAGUGGAGUCACGCCCACCAACUCAAGCGGCAUCGGUGCAUUUAAUCGACCCCCGAGCUUCGGCGGCGGACAGAGCGCGUUACUCGGCAACUUCGGUGGUUACGGGAAUGCAAAUGACACCUCAAUCCUUGACAGCUCCGACUUUCCAGUCCUGGCGGGCACGAGAGGGCGACAAACGGGAGAAUCAUCGUCAGGGAAUGUUAGCUUGUUCCAGCCAAAUCCCAUGGCAGGCAGGCCUGCUUAUGGCAUGGUAAGCAAACAAGCGGAACCGACUCCGGAGUUCCAGAUGCAGAGUGAAGACUUCCCCGCCCUUCCAGGAGCAAACAUCAAGAAUGAACAAAAAGACAAUGCAAGAUUCCCCGGGGACAAGGCGAAUAAUAACAGUUCAGAAGAGAAUGGCAAUGGCAACGAGGUCAAAGGCAUCCAAAUACAUCCAGACGGUAAAGUAAUGAACAUCCCACCAGGUAUGUUAACGGAUCCCUUUGGUAUGGUAGGACUUCUAACGUUCAUCAGAGCAGCUGAAACGGAUCCUAAUCUUGUCCAGUUAGCCCUUGGUAGCGACCUCACGACGUUGGGCCUCAAUCUCAAUUCUCCAGAAAACCUGUACAGUACGUUCCAGUCGCCGAGUUCCGAUGCGCCGAGCAGACCUCAAGAUAUCGACUACCACGUACCACAAGAGUAUCUCACGAACCUACACAUACGAGAUAAGCUUGCGCCAAUCAAGUUAUCAAGAUACGGAGAAGAUCUUCUGUUUCACCUGUACUACACGCAUGGUGGGGAUGUCUUACAGCUAGCAGCCGCUGCAGAACUGUACAACCGAGACUGGAGAUACCAUAAAGAUGAGAGAGUGUGGAUCACCAGAGGACCAGGCAUGGAACCCCAGGUCAAGACGAGUACAUACGAGAGGGGAGUCUACUACUACUUUGAUUACAAUCGCUGGUGUAAGAUGGCCAAGGACUUCCACCUCGACUACGACAAGCUUGAAGAGCGCCCCCAUCUGCCGGCAUCCUUUCACCACAACACCUCGACGAAUCCCGCAUUCCAGAAAUAGUUCUCAUGGUUUUUCUUUUUUGUAGCUUUUCUUUUCUCCCCUUCCUCUCUCUCACUCUCUUUCUCUCUCCCUCCUGCUUUCCCACUUCCGUGCAUUCUCCAUUCUUCCCAUACCUCUGUAAGCUUCUUGUUUUUUUGUUUUUUUAAUUUUGUUUUAAGCUGCCCUGUUGUAAGGGUCUAGAGUAAAGAUGAAAUAGAGUUGGGACUGCGCAGGAUGGUGUUUCGCAAAGACUCAGGUCUGACUUAAAUCAUGCUUAAUUUCCAAGUUGCGUGCAGUAUAAUACGCAUCACCGCAUUGGUCAGACCAUGCUCUGAGGGCGCACACUACUGCUUAGUAUCCAAUGAGGUCAUCCGUUAGAUACUGUGUGCAUUGGUGUUCGAAUCCCACACAGCACGCGCGUCCCUAGGCAAGGCUUUAACUAAAUUUGCCCCUCUCAAUCCAGUUGUUGUAAAUGGGUACCGGGUAGGAAGAAAUUCCUUGAAUGCUUGAGCACCAGGGGGGAUGUUUCACAAAUAUUUAAGUAUGACUUAGAGUCGCACUUAAAUGCUAACGCGUAUCUGAUAUGCAAUGUGCAAUCUUAUUGAUUAAUACGCAGUAGUGCGCGUCCUCUUGGCAUGAUCAGACCAAUGCAGUCAUGCCUUUUAUAUCGCAUGCAACUGAGCAUUUAAGUGCGACUUAAAGUCAUACUUAAAUCCUUGUGAAACACCCCCCCCCCAGUCUAGGGAGCUGUGUUAAAGCUGGGGUAAUGAUGAUAUUAUGUUAAGCAGUGCACUCUGGGAGAGGUUUUUGGAACUGACGCGGCUACCCUGGGUAAAAUAUGAUGAUGAUGUUAGUAUUAUUAUUAUUGUUAUUAUUAUUAUUCUUACUUAUCAAGUCACUUUUAACUCUUAGUGAAACACCUUUGUGAUGAGCGUUUCAUGAACUGAUUUGUUGGCGUUGUCCGACAAGCCCUGUUCUAUCCGACCGUUACCAUAGUAACAGUGCUCCUCGGCCAUUCAAAAUUAAGGAAAGAUGUCAUGUCCAACUUGUGGGACAAAAAUGAUGAUGAAAUGCUCCCCUGGACAGGAACGUGGCUGCAGGGACGGGCGAAUGGGGUUACCGGUAGUACUACAGUUUUUGACUUUGUUUGAAGGGGGGGCAGUGCUGAAUUUCGGUAAUGACUUUGUUAAUUACUGAAGGGGUAUCGUGAGAGAACUUCAUUGAACAGCCGAGAAUAGUAUACAUCGCUUUAAUACUCACUGAGAAAAAGAUCAAAUUUAAUAGUCAAUAGGUCAAUGAAUGCCGUUCAUAUUUUGUCAACUCAACCAGGGGACGGGGGUGGGGUGUUUUACAAAUAUUUAAGUAUGACCUAAAAUGCUUAAAUGCCGACGCGUGCAUGAUAUGCAACGCGCGAUCGUAUUGAUCAAUGCACAGUAAUGCGCGUCCUCUUGGCAUGAUCUGACCAAUGCUCUCAUGCCUUUUAUAUCGCUGGCAAUUAGGCAUGUAAGUACGACUCUAAGCCAUGCUUAAAUCUUUGUGAUACACCCCAGGAACUUCCAGCUACUAUUAUCAAACUCAGAAGAGAUUGGGAAAGAUUUAUUCACAUAUUCUUAAGACCUUGCUGCACAUUUGUAACCAGUAUUUUCAAACAUGAUUCCCUAUUCUAGUAGGCCUGUUAGUUUAUCUGGGCGUUGUGGCGUGCGCCUGUAAUCCAAGCUGUGGGGAAGUUACAAAUUGAUGCAGAGGUUCGAGGUUCGAGCCCUGGUCACGUCUUUCGGAUGGUGACGUUAAAGGUCGGUCCCAGACGUAAAUAAUCAUAUCUGAUUGAUACACGUCUGACAAAACUCGAAUACACACUCUGACCAACUGGGGUCCGUUGCAGAAAGAGUUGCGUUUAAACGCAAGUAAAAAAAUCAAGCGUAAGUCCCAAAUGCACGCUGUUGAUUGGUUGAAAAUCAAGUUGCGCAUGACUGAUUCUUAGAGUUGCGAUUGAUUGCAACUCUUUCUGCAAUGGGCCCCAGGAUCAAGAUUUUCUUCAAUUUCACUUGAUUAUUUUCAGUGAAACAAAGCACUUGGUGACGAUGAGAUUUGUGGUCUCCCAUUCAUCCAAACACGCCCUGCUUAUUUUCAUACAAUGUUUUUUUGUUGUUUUUAAUAGCUCACAUGGGCCCCAACUUACAAAGAGUUGCAAUUGAUCUGAUCAAUCGCGACUAUGGAAAGCCAGCAAAGUCAACAUUUAAAAUGCAUGUUUAUUAAAAAAAAAUCUAGAUAUGAAUGUAUAUCCAUAAAUUCAUUGAUUUCCUGACAAUUUGGUGGGAUCUCCUUUGUUUACAAAGGACAUUUUGCAAAGUUCCAGCAGAAAAAAUUAUGAUACUGAUGGAUUUCCAUAGAGUUACGAUUGAUUGGAUCAAUCGUAACUCUUUGUAAGACGGGGCCCUGAUUACUUUGCUAUUCAAGAUCAUGAUAUAUCGCUGUUCUGUUCACGAGACUUUGUUUUCACAGUAUUGUUAUCCCUUCACUCAUAUUGCCUUGGUUUCUUGCUGUUGUUGAGUCGCAAUUUAUCGUUUUAUUUUAAAUACUUGAAUUGCAAAAUACACUUAAUCAGUACAUUCUAUUUUGAUAUGGUAUCCGCAGAUGACAAAGUUACACAAAAAUUGCCAAUUUGGGGUACAAUUUGUGAUCAGUUUUAUUUUCAAAGACGAAUCCUGUGUCGAGCAAUUUGAUUUGGAAAAUGUUUAUUUGAAUGGAGUAAAUUAUUAAUGAUUUGUCAAAGAAAGGGUGAUGGGAAAUUGCAAUCUACCCCCCCCCCCUCCAUUUGUUGUGAUUGAUCCAGUCAAACCCCAUAAUGGUAUUACACGUGAGGGACAGUCCUUUGAAAUCUUGCGCAGGUCAAGGAGAACAUCCCUUUCCACAGGGAGAUUCGAUUUGGAAAGUUGCUCAGUCUGUGAAAAUAGUAAAUUAGGAAUGAUCGUCAACGACAAGAUGAUAACAAAAUGUAGUUUGGGUUUCCUAGUAGUUAUGUAUACUAAAUAGCAGAAUUUUAUUCAAAUCCCCUUCGUUUUAUUGCUAUUUUUAUUGGGGGGGGGGGGGUUCAAACAUUCCCAGGGCCCUGGUUGCUUUUUUCCAUUCCAGGAAGUCAAGUCCCCCCCCCCCCGAAAAUUGUUGAUUUAAAGUGAUAAAGAAAAAUCAGAUAAGCAUAAUGCUGAAAAUAUUAUUAAAAUCAGAUGUGAAAUAAGAAAGUUUUGACAUUUUCAUGUUUCGCUUAUUUUUCACAAACAGUUAUAUGCACAACUCAGUGAUAUGCAAAUGAGAGAGUCGAUGAUGUCUAUCACUCACUAUUUCUUUUGUCAUAUUCCAAUUUUUACAGAUUUGACGACAAGGACCAACUUGACUUAAUCAUAAACUGUUAAAAUAAUGGUAAUUCAACAUGUUUAGGAGGAAUACAUUUUUUUUCCACAUGACAAGGAGAAAAUUCAAAAGAAAUAGUGAGUGGGUGACGUCAUCAGUCUGCUCAUUUGCAUACGGACCAGGAUGUGAAUAUAACUGUUUUGCGAUAUUAAGCGAAACUUUAAAAUGUCAUAACUUUCUUAUUUUAAAUCCAAUUUUGAUGAAAUAUUUGGUGUUAUGCUUGUUGGAUUUUUCUCCUUUUAUUCGAAUCAACUUUUUAUUGGGGUGAAUUUGUCCUUUGAGGUUGAUACCAGAUAAACUACCCACUAGACUAAACACAAACACCUAAAAUAAAAGGUUAAAAGCUACACUCCCUUUAAUGCAUCAUGAUCAUCCUAAACUUUCUCCUUUUUUUUUUGCUGAUGAGUAAUUGGUUUUGUUGGCUCCUGUCGUAAAUGUUGGUCAUUUCAUGUUUCGUUUGAUUGUUCUGCACCACCUUACAAUGUUCCAGUGCAUGAUAGAUAUAAUGUAAGCAGAGUUUGGUCCAUUUUAUGUUGAAAUAGUAUUCUUGAUUUAAGCACAAAGUCCACAAUGCAGACUCACAUGUAUGGAGAAGGCCCACCACGGAAUAGGUAAUACACACUGCAAAAACUCCGGCGUUGAUUGCACACCAGCCCGGAAUCUAUAUCUGUCCACACCAGAGAAGUAUUGAAAUAACACCAGUUUGGAAUCAAACCGAUGCUGUCUUAAUACUAAUUGGUGUUGUAUAAACACAUAUCUGGUGCUAGACCAAAACCAAACACUUCUCUGGUGUAGACAUAUAUAGAAUCCGGGCUGGUGUUAAAUCAACACUAGAGUUUUUCAGUGCACAGGGUGUUCCAGCAAAAAAAAACUAAAACUAAACAGCGGAGUUACAAUUAUAGUGCUGGAAAAUCUCAUCUGUAGCUGUUGAGUCAAUUGGAAAUAUUUUUGGGAUAGUGAAACCAAAAUAGGCAAUUACAGAGAAAACUUAUUCCUUGGGGAACUUGUGUUUUUAAAGGAAAAAUGAUAUCAGAUUAUUUGAAUGUAACAGAGGUUCAAAUUGGAUCUGUGAUUACCCAGCCUUCUGAUUGCUACUGUUUUACCGAUCAAGUGUUUUUUAUAUACAUUUUUUAAAAACGAGCAAUCCUGUUGUCAAAGGCAUAUUUCUGAUCCCCACGGGUGAUUGAUAGCGGUAUCCAUCGUGAUUGGCGAUACCUUCUAAAAGCCACCAGCCCCCGUUUGCCAUCCUAACUCGAAAAUGAUCGGUAAAAAUCGGUCAUAGGCAACUCUGAAAGUGCCAGGCCCAGUGUUCAAUACUUAGACAAAUUAAGCCAUUUACUUGGUACAUGUAUUUUGUUUGGCAAAGACAUUAUUAGAGGAAGACUGCCCUCUUGUGUUUGACAUUACACAGGGGGCAGAGUCAACUCUGCUCUCUCAAUCAGUUCUACAAGGAUUUCCACGGGGGUGGGGUGGAAAAAUUAUUCUCUGUUAAAAGUAUGAAGGAAGAAUGGAUGGGGUGUUAUGUUAAAUGAACGAAUAGCAAUUACUUCUGAAUCCUUACUAAAGGAGCUUUAAAAGUAAUAUUUUUUUUAGCCAAGGAGCAACUGUAUUAUUCCUUUUUAUUUUUGUGUUUUUUCUGUUAUUUGAGAGGAAGGGGCGGAAGGAGAUUACAACUGGAAUGUAUGCGGCGCUAAUAAGAACUUUGUCUAAGUGAAAGAUUACUUGUUUUCUUUUCUUGUAUUCUUUUAAAUACAUGCUGAGACAAUAUAAUGUAUAAAAUGGGCUGUGAAAAAGGAUGAUGUUUAAUUUGUGUAAUAGCACAUCAUCGUCAUCAUUUUUUUGUAUUUUUUCUCCCUUUUUCCCCCUUUUCGUCUGUUCCAUAUUCAUUCGGCAUGACAAAAAGUAUGUAUGUACAUUAUUUGUAUACAUGUUUUAUUUGUUAAGUAAUUUAAUCACUGACUGAUAUUGAAAAAAUGUCAGGUAAAAAUAAAAAUUAUAAAAAUUAUGAAAAAAAA